GGUCGAGUCGCCAUGGUCGAGCGGUGCCAUGGACGAUCCUUCACAGGUCUUUGCUGCCGUCCGCCGAGCUGGUGGCGAGGAUGCGGAGCUGCAUCCCCUGGCAGAUAUCACCAACAAAGAGAUCGAAGAGGUGAAACAUUUGAAACAUCCGCCGCGUGAAGUGGCGCGAGUCAUGGAGGUGGUCCAUCUGCUGCUGACGCAGCCCACUUCCUUGGCGUGCGACUGGAACGAUGUGCUGCGCACCGUGGUUCGGAUUGACUUCCUGAAGCGAGCCCGGAGCAUCAAUCUGGAUGGAGUGCUUCAGCAAGCGAAGCUCAUUGACUACGUCUGCCGGAAGUACUUUGCCGGCGAAGAACCUCUGACACCUGACCGAGUGAGGUGGGCAAGUAAGGCCGUGGUGGCCUUCUUUGGAUGGACGGUGGCCAUCAUUGCGGGCGUUCUGCCGGAAUUUCCCACCAAGGUCGCGGGAGAAGAAGCGCGACGAAGGAUUCAACUCCUCGAUCAGGAGUUACGCGAGAACAGACGAAGAGAAUCCGAAGAGCGGAAAGCUGCUGAGCUUCGACAGGAGACCAGAAAACGAGCAGAAGAGGAACAGAAGGAGGAGCUGGCGAGAUUGGAGCUGGCUAGGUUGGAGCAACAACGAGUUGAAGAGGCGAAGCGAAUCGUGCAAGAACAGCAGGCCAAAGAAGCCGCCGCAGUGGCUCGUCGGGAGGUACGCAGAGCAGAAGAAGCGGAAGCCAAGCGCAUCGAGGCCUUAGAGCAUCAAGGCUUGGAUGCUCAAGCCCGGCUUGAGCGGCAGGAGGCAGCAGAACGAGCAAGGAAAGCCAAGAAAGCUGCAGCCAAAGAAGCUAAAAUGAUGCGCAAGAAGCGAAGGAUGUUGGCCUUAGACAGCGACGAAUCCGGCAGUGAGGCGGAAAGGGAACGAGGAACUUGGAAUAGCAAUAAUCCGGAUAUUCGAUUCCUUUCAAUUCAAGGUGAACAUGUCACCUUCGUGUCUGACCAGUUUGCCGACCACUGCGUAGCCUUGACAUGUCGACCGAUCUUCUAUGGCAGACAUUUCUACGAGUUCCACAUCCGCCACUUCAGCGAUCAGCUCCGGGUUGGCGUGACAACGGAUGCAGUUCAGGCUGGUGCCCUGGUAGCUGGUCACAACUUGCGCGGCUGGUGCUACUACUCUGGCCGGAUGGAUGCGAGUCGAAAGGCUUUGAAAGCUGGCUUGCAGAUCAACAACAAGGUGGUGCAAGACUUCUCUUUCAUGGCAAAGGGCGAUGCUAUUGGAGUCAUUGUGGAUGCUGACCGAUGGUCGGUGGCCUUUCUGCGAAAUCGUGUUCUCGAGGGCAGCUGUGCCAUGGCAUCACCAACUCGGGAGCCGCUCUUCUUAUUGGUUCAUUUGGAUGCCGCUGCAGACCAUGUGGAGCUGCGCAAGGUUUCACUGGAGGAAGCGCCCGCGAACGCCUUGGAGCAGUUGGAUUCCUUCGUGCCGCCCUCGUGGUCCGUCCUAGUGAGUGACUGCUCCAGUGUCGAAAGUGAAGCGGCGCCUUCCACCUGUCGAACAAGCGGAGAGCAACAAUCCACUUGGGCCUCGGCCGUGGACAUGGAACCCAGUUUGGCGCCAAAGUCGAGCGCCCUGCGGCAGCCGCGUCCCCCGACUCAACCGACUCAACCGACUCAACCGGGUCAGCCGAGCAAACCGACUCAACCGGGUCUCGGGAGCAAACGAAGCCAGGGCCAGGGCGGCCAGGGCCUUCCGAAAGCGGAGUCCAGGGGCCACAGCAUCAGCAGCACCUUGAGCACGUCCAAGUCCAGCAGCACUUUGGAGAAGAUGCAGAAAAGACCUUCGUCGUCAUCUCUGCUGGCAGCAGGUGCGGUGCUAUCCAGGCCACAGAGCGCGGAGAAAGCCAAGUCUGAAAGUCCGAAGAAGACACAUCGACAGGAAAAGCAACAGUGCCAGCUGAGCUCAAGAACUUCCCAAAGUUUCGGGGAGAUGUUCUCAAAGCCUCAGCUGACGCAUCCGGUUGAAUCGCCCCAACAUCCUCAAAGUCCGGCUGCUGGGAGCACUGUGAGUCUGAAAGCUCGACUGCGAGAAUUGAAGGAAUGUUUGGACGAAGGCCUUUUAACACCAGAGGAAUUUCAAGAGGAGAAAGCCAUCGUUCUGAAGGCCAUGCGCCCCGGUGCAGGUGCUGCAGGUGCUGCAGGUGCUGCACCAGCCCUGCCAGCUUCUCAGCCCCAGCUGCCACCCGUUGCAGCCGUUGCAGCUGUUGCUGCGGUCGAACCGUCUCCGGCCCCUACCGUGUCGACCGUGUCGGCCGUGUCGGCCGUGUCGGCCGUCCCAGCCAUCCCGGCCAUCCCGGCCUCCCUCCUGGGCACGUCCUUCAGCAUGCCUUGGGUGCAACGGGAAUUCACAACGCACCAAGCCGAAGGCUGGGGCGAUGAAUCUUCCAUGCCUUUUCCUGAUGUGAAAGGUCGCGGUUUCACAGCCUUGCUGGACAAUUGUGCGGCAGCUUUUGAUGAAAAAGAGCUACCCAGCCGAUACAAGCGAAAUAGACAUGUGACAUGUCUGUCACAGUAUGUGAUGGUAUGCCAUCAUGUUGAUUUAUGCUCCUCGCACGUAGCCUCAAGUCACUGGAAAGGUGUGAAGGUUGGCCUCACAGAAGACAACCGCAGCACACAGAUGCAGACAGCCACUGCUUCCAAAGUUUCUAAAACACAUAGGCUCGUUACAACCACAUAA